AUGGUCUCUGUUACAGAACAUAAUGGAAGUUUGCGACAAGUGUCAUUAACGAGCCCGAGGACAAGUAACACAUGGAGAAACCAAAUGCAGCAUCGAAUUCUCGCGGUGUUUGUACGGUUGAAUGAAUUAAACACUCAAUUCCCCGAUUUAGUUCUGAAUUUCUCAACAGCGAAACUGAACUUCAAUAAGCCAUCGCAGCGCGUUGCCUUCACGAUCAGGUCAAGCAAGCUAACACUGCGCAAAGGGAUGCGUGCUGUUGCUCGAAUUAUGGAAAUUGUAAUUUUUUUAAAGAAUCAAAUAGACGUUCCACUUUUGUUGUCAUUUUCUGAAGAAAAAUUAAAGUCAGCACUUUGA